GUCGAAGGUUCUUCUUUGACCUGCAGUUUAAAGCACAAAACCCAAGAGCCAGGGUUUAUCAAAAAACCCAAGAGCCAGGGGUUUAUCGAUCAGCAAAAUAUCUUGUUCAAAAUCUGUUAUUCUAUCUGUUGAUUUACCACCCUCCCAAAUGGAAGCUGAACAUAAUCUUCCAUUUGAUGUUGGUCAGCUGGCGGAAUCAAAAUCUUUUAAAGAUGGUUUUCGCGGAGCAUGGUUUCGAUGCAAGAUUAAAGAUUACAGGAGAGGCAUAUCAGACCCUACUGUUGCGUUGGAGUAUUAUGACUUCCCAGAUGAAAAAAUAACACGGAUGAGCUUGUAUCGUCUGAAUCCGGCUGAAAAACAUACAGGGGUAAAGAAGAAACAUCUGAUGCUGCGCCCCAGCUAUCCUCAGAUCUACCAUCAAAGUCAAAUGCCUGAUGUAUCUGCCAUCACAGAAGUGGUCGGGAUAGUCGAUCGUCCUUGGGAAGUGGGGGAUAUGGUUGAUUGGUUCAAAGAUGGUUGCUAUUGGUCAGCUUGUAUCACGAACAUACAAAAUGAUGAAAUUGUACAGGUUAUGUUUCCGAGAUCUCCCUGGGGUGAAGGAGGAUCUUGUGAAGCCCCUUGCAAAGACUUACGCCCAUCCCUGGAUUGGAUGCCAGAGCUGGGCUGGACUGUGCCCAUCUCCAAGGUGGGUAUGAAUUCUGAAUCCUGUGUUCGCUUGAUACAUCCCAAGAGUCCAGAUAGGGAGUCUUCAGGUGAUUUGCUGAAUAAACAAAAGACUGGCACGGAAAACAUGAAGAACAGUGGUGUAGAUACAACCACUGUAUUACCUAGAAUCUCAAGUACCCAUGGUGAUCCGUUUAAAUUAAAAAUCACGCUACCUCAAAAACAAAUCACGCUACCUCAAAAACUAAAGAAGUUUGAAAAGAUGCAUGCAUGUCAGCAAAUGGAAUCGAAAAUGGGAAGUGAUCCUGGGUUACUCAUCAACGAGAAGGAUACACUGAGAAAUGAUAUUUGUUCUCUUAAGAAAGAAAAGAAGACACUGGCAGCUGAUAUUGAGUCACUUAAAAAUGACAAAGCUAAGUUGGGAACUGAUCUUCAGUUAAUCAACAAGGUGAAGGAUACUCUGGCAAGACUCAACAAGGAGAAGGAUAAACUGGGAGGCGAUAUUGAAAUACUUAACAAUGAAAAGUCUGCUAUGCAAAGUGAUAUUUGUUUGCUGUGUGAAACGAAGACUAUCCUGGAUAGUGGGAUUGUAUCACUUAACUGUAAGAAGACUAAAUUAGAAACUGACAGCGAGUUACUUGAUAAUGAGAAGGAUAAGCUGGGAAGUGAUAUUGAAUUACGUAAAAAAGCAAAGUCUGCAGUAGAGAGUGGUAUUUGUUCGCUAGAGGUAAAGAAGACUAUCCUGGAAAAUCAAGUUGAAUCGCUUAGCAAUGAGAAGACUCAAUUGGGAAGUGAUACCGAGUUACUAACCAAGGAGAAGAAAGAUUUGCAGACCGAUUUUGAAUUACUCAACAGGCAAAAGUCUUCAGUACAAGGCGAUAUUUGUUCGCUCAAUGAAACGAAGUCUAUUCUAGAAAGUGAAGUUGAAUCCCUUAGCAAUGAGAAGACUAAAUUAGGGAUUGAUACCGAGUUACUCAACACGGAGAAGACAAAAUUGCUAAGUGAUUCUGAAUUUCUCCACAAAGAAAAGUCUACAGUACAAGGUGCUAUUUGUUCGCUCAAUAAAAAGAAGACUAUUCUGGAAAGUGAUAUUGAAUCGCUUAGCAAUGAGAAAACUAACUUGGGAAAUGAGACUGAGUUGCUCAACAAGGAGAAAACAGAACUGCGAAGUGAUUUUGAGCUUCUGAAAAAUGAUUUUUGUUCGCUCAGCGAAAAGAAGACUAUUUUGGAAACUGAAAUUGAUUCACUUAGCAAUGAGAAGACUAACUUGGGAAAUGAGACUGAGUUGCUCAACAAGGAGAAGACAGAACUGCGAAGUGAUUUUGAGUUUCUUGAAAAUGAGAUUUUUUCGCUUAGUGAAAAGAAGGCUAUUCUGGAAACUGAAAUUGAUUCGCUUAGCAAUGAGAAGACUAAGUUGGGAAUUGCGACUGAGUUGCUCAACAAGGAGAAGACGGAACUGCGAAGUAAUUUUGAGUUUCUCAAAUAUGAGAUUCGUUCCCUCAGUGAAAAGAAGACUAUUCUGGAAACAGAAAUUGAUUCGCUUAGCAAUAAGAAGACUAACUUGGGAACUGAGACUGAGUUGCUCAACAAGGAGAAGGCAAAACUGCGAAGUGAUUUUGAGUUUCUCAACAAAGAAAAGUCUGCAGUACAACAUGAGAUUUGUUCGCUCAAUGAAAAGAAGACUAUUCUGGAAACUGAAAUUGAUUCGCUUAGCUAUGAGAAGACUAACCUGGGAAAUGAGACUGAGUUGCUCAACAAGGAGAAGUCAGAAUUGCAAAGUGAUUUUGAAUUUCUCGAAAAUCAGAUCUGUUCGCUCAGUGAAAAGAAGACUAUUCUGGACACUGAAAUUGAUUCGCUUAGUAAUGAGAAGACUAAGUUGGGAAUUGCAACUGAGUUGCUCAACAAGGAGAAGACGGAACUGCGAAGUAAUUUUGAGUUUCUGAAAAAUGAGAUUCGUUCGCUCAGUGAAAAGAAGACUAUUCUGGAAACUGGAAUUGAUUCGCUUAGCAACGAAAAGACUAAGUUGGGAAGUGAAACUGAGUUGCUCAACAAGGAGAAGACGAAACUGCAAAGUGAUUUUGGGUUUCUCAAAAAUGAUUUUCGUUCACUCAGUGAAAAGAAGACUAUUCUGGGAACUGAAAUUAAUUUGCUUAGCGAUGAGAAGACUAAGUUGGGAAUUGUCACUGAGUUGCUCAACAAGGAGAAGACGGAACUACGAAGUGAUUUUGAGUUUCUCAAAAGUGAUUUUCGUUCGCUUAGUGAAAAGUGGACUAUUCUGGAAGCUGAAAUUGAUUCGCUUAACAACGAGAAGACUAAGUUGGGAAGUGAAACUGAGUUGCUCAACAAGGAGAAGACGGAACUGCGAAGUGAUUUUGAGUUUCUCAACAAAGAAAAGUCCACAGUGCAACAUGAGAUUUGUUCGCUCAAUGAAAAGAAGACUACUCUGGAAAGUGAAGUGAAAUCACUUAACAAUGAGAAGGCUCAAUUGGGAAGUGAUACCGAGUUACUAAACAAGGAGAAAACAAAUUUGCAAACCGAUUUUGAAUUACUGAACAGAGAAAAGUCUUCAGUACAAGGUGCUAUUUGUUCGCUCAAUGAAAAGAAGUUGAUUCUGGAAAGUGAAGUUCAAUCGCUUAGCAAUGAGAAGACUAAUUUGGGAAAUGAAACUGAGUUGCUCAACAAGGAGAAGACGAAAUUGCGAAGUGAUUUUGAAUUUCUCCACCAAGAGAAGUCUACAGUGCAAGGUGCUAUUUGUUCGCUCAAUGAAAAGAAGACUAUUCUGGAAAGUGAAAUUGAAUCGCUUAGCAAUGAGAAGACUAACUUGGGAAAUGAAACUGAGUUGCUCAACAAGGAGAAGUCGGAACUGCGAAGUGAUUUUCAGUUUCUCAACAAAGAAAAGUCUACAGUACAAGGUGAGAUUUGUACGCUCAAUGAAAAGAAGACUCUUCUGGAAAGUGAAAUUGAUUCGCUUAGCAAUGUGAAGACUAAAUUAAGGGGUGAUAGUGAGUUACUCCGCAAGGCGAAGACGAAAUUGCAAAGUGAUUUUGAAUGUCUCCACAAAGAAAAGUCUGUAGUAGAAGAUGAGAUUUGUUCGCUCAAUGAAAAGAAGACUAGUCUGGAACGUGAAGUUGAAUCGCUUAGCAAAGAGAAGAUUACCUUGGGAAAUGAGACUGAGUUGCUCAACAAGGGAAAGAUGGAAUUGCAAAGUGAUUUUGAAUUUCUCCACAAAGAAAAGUCUACAGCACAAGGUGAUAUUUGUUCGCUCCAUAAAAAGAAGACUGUUCUGGAAAGUGAAAUUAUAUCGCUUAGCAAUGAGAAAACUAAAUUACGGAGUGAUACUGAGUUACUGAACAAGGAGAAGAAUACCGUGGAAAGUGAUGUUGGAGUACUAAAUGAAAAGAAAAGAAAACUUGGAAAUGAUAUCGAGUUACUUGGCAGGGAGAAAUCUGAAACGGAAGCUGGUCUUGAAUCUCUCAAAGAUGCAAAGAAUAAACUGUAUAGUGAUAUUGAAUCUUUGAACAGAGAGAAGGUUAAACUACAAACUGAUUUUGAACUCAUUAACAAUGAGAAGGAGAAGUUGCAAAAUGAUAUUAAAGUUCUUAAUGAGGGGAAGGACAAGAUGCAAUCUGAUAUUGAAUUUCUCAAUGAAGAGAAGGCUGAAGUUAUUCGUUCCGCAAUAUGUGAAGUUAAUGAAUCUAUUACUGGACGAGAGAAGGCAUUAGCUAAGAGCGAAAAAGUGGUUGCCAGGGAAUGCAUUUACAUUGAAGAGCUUCGGGAAGCUCAGCAAGAACUUAUCAAGCAAAUGGGGUCAGAAAAGGUAACUAGAAAUACGGUGAUUGGAGUAAAAAAGAGAAAAAGAGGAGAUCCAGAGCUGUGGAAUUUCAGAGAGAAGAAGAGAGCUACGCUGAAAGAAGUUAUUAGUUUUAAAUUGAACCGUACAGAGAGUUAGAUACCAAUGAGCCUUAUGGAAGUAUUCCUUUUAUCUAGCUAAGGAUUUUCAGCUGGACUGUAAGUUAAAUGUGGUAAUGUCCUAUUCUUUUGAGGAUUUUUGGGUACACAAAGGGGAGGAUGCUAACAUAAUAUAAAAUUGUAAAUGUGUGAAUGAAUAAGGUGAUGGCUGAUGAGAUAGUGGUACAUAUGGAAGGAUAGCAUAGAGAUGUUAACGGUCUGCUCAUGAUGUGAAGCUGAAUUUCAAAUUUGUAAAUAUCUUGAAUUUGAAAUGUAGAACUGCUUCCGAAUUAGCCUUUAUCAGAUAAUGCUUCAUCUUGUCCUA